AUGGUUUCGUAUCAGGAACAGGCUCUAUCCAACCUACAAGAUCCCAGUCUUUUCAUUGGCGAUGCUUUUAUUGAUGGCAAAUGGGUCUCAAAAAAUAAGAAAUUCGUCGUAACUGAACCGUCGACAGGCACCAGUCUAGGUCAAGUAACAGACUGUGAUCUUGAAGACUUCAAAAAUGCCAUUUUGAGUGCAAAAAAUGCUCAGAAAUCGUACUUCCAAGAUACGACUGGUGCUUCUAGAGGGGCACUUCUAAGGAAAUGGUAUGAUUUGAUCAUGGAGAACAAAACAGACAUUGCUACAAUUCUUUGUCUCGAAAAUGGAAAGACUUUUGCAGAAGCCCUAGGAGAAGUGGUCUAUGCAGCAGGCUUUAUUUCCUGGUUCGCCGAGGAGGCGACCAGAGCAUACGGAGUGACAAUCCCCUCGUCGACUCCUCGCACAACACUUCUUACUAUCCGUGAGCCCGUUGGGGUUUGUGCUAUUAUCACUCCCUGGAACUUCCCCGCGGCAAUGAUCACAAGGAAAGUCGGUCCGGCGCUUGCUGCUGGCAACACCGUUGUUAUCAAACCGCCUAGCGAGACACCCUAUACCUGUCUGGCCCUUACCAAGCUGGCUGUUGAGGCGGGCCUGCCCCCGGCAGUCAUUCAAGUAUGCCCGACAAAAAACCGGGAGGCUGCUACAGAGCUGGCUACCAACCCAAUGGUCCAUAAAAUCAGCUUCACGGGCUCAACCGCUGUGGGAGAGAUGUUAGCCAAGUUGGCGACUGGCACGUUGAAAAAGGUCAGCCUGGAACUCGGAGGCAAUGCACCAUUUAUUGUCUUUGACGAUGCCGAUAUCGACCUUGCCGUUGAAGGUGCCAUGUUUUGCAAAUUUCGAUGCUCAGGCCAAACCUGUGUAUGCGCAAACCGCAUCUAUGUCCAGAAAGGCAUUGCAAAACAAUUCACGGCUAAGUUGGUAGAGAAGGUAGCGGCUCUCCAUGUCGGCCCUGGCUUGGACGCAUCUACUACUCAGGGACCGCUGGUAAACCGCGCCGCUGUCGAAAAGGUUGCCAGCCACGUUCAAGACGCAGUGUCCAAGGGGGCGAGGAUCGAAAUUGGAGGGAAGACGCCGGACGCUGCCGGAUUUUUCCAUAUGCCCACUGUCCUCUCGGGUGUCACUCCGAGCAUGAUUGUGAGCCAUGAGGAGACCUUUGGUCCCCUGGCUCCAGUAAUCGAGUUUGAGACAGAAGACGAAGCCAUUCGGCUUGCAAAUGAUACCGAGUUUGGAUUAGCUGGAUACUUCUUCUCGCGCGAUGUUAGCCGGGUUCUGCGUGUCGGACAGAGCUUACAGGUCGGUAUCGUGGGCGUGAACACAGGCAAAGUUAGUGCUCCAGAGGCACCAUUCGGGGGAGUCAAGGAGAGUGGAUAUGGGAAGGAGGGCAGUCUUUACGGGUUGGAGGAAUACCAGGUCAUUAAAAGCAUCACGAUCGGGAACUGGUAG